UCGAUUCCUCUUUCUGUCUGUCCGAAACCUUGAUUGUGAUUUUGAUGCACAAAAAACCUUCAAUUUAAAUCCUCCCAAUUUCUAAUUAAUUAAUCUGUACACAUUUGUAAUAAAAAAAAAAUUGAAAUGGGAAAAAAGAAUAAUAAUAAGAAGAAUAGUGAUGGGGGAGGUGGAGAGAUAACAAUGGGGAAUUAUAAGAAAUAUGGAGUACCUUUUUAUGGUGCUUCUUUUGUUCCUCAUAAUGUUUUCAGAUCCACACAACAACAAAAACAAAUAAAUAAUAAUAAUCAAGAGAAUUAUGAAGAAGAGAAUGAGGGAUGUAAUAAGGGAAGUGAGUAUGUGAUAUUUGGUGGUGGUGGUGGUGAAGGUCGUAGUGGAAUCCCUAAUGCACUUGUCGUUUCGCUAUUCGAUCGUGCUUCCAAUUCCCUAUCCGAUCAGCCUGUAAGCAAGUUCGAAACUGGUGAUGAUCUUCCUUAUAGGAUGGCUGUUCAUCCAGCAGGCGAGGGUGUCAUAUGCUCAUUGCCAAAGAGUUGCAGGUGGUUUGAAUGGGAAAGAAUCAAGAAAGAAGAUGUCUUCACGAUAGGCUUAAAGCAGUCUGAGAAAGUCCUUUACGACCUGGAACAUAUUGGACAGCAGUUGGCAGUUAAUUUUAGCCGUGAUGGUUCUUUACUGGCGCUAGGUGGUGAGGAUGGGAAGUUGCGGGCAUACAAGUGGCCCAGUAUGGAAUCACUUGUUGAUGUACCAGACGCACAUGCCUCUGUCAAGAAUUUAGAUUUCAGCCCUGAUGGGAAAUUUCUUGUAUCUGUGGGAAGUGGUGGCCCUGGUAGAGUUUGGGAUAUUUCAUCAUCAACACUCAAAGCUUCAUUACCAAAAGAAAAUGAUGAGGUUUUCGGAUUUUGUAGGUUUUCACAAAACAGUGUGAAUGAUCCCGUUCUAUAUGUCACUGCAAUGCGAGAUCGGGGUGGAAGUAUUGUGAAGUGGAACACCACAUCAUGGAAGCGGAUAAGUUCAAAACAUAUUGUUCGAGAUCCCAUUUCUGCCUUUAAUGUAUCAGAUGAUGGGAAAUUUCUUGCCAUUGGUACAAUCCAGGGAGACAUACUUAUUUUGAGUGCUAGCAAUAUGAAGGUGCAGACAGUAGUCAAGAAGGCACAUCUGGGCCUUGUAACAACCCUAGCAUUCUCACAAGAUGCAAGAGCGUUGACAUCUGCAUCUCUGGAUUCAAGUGCAAGGGUGACCCAGUUUGAAGAAAUUAAGGAAAAGGGAUUUAACUACUGGAUCAUAUUGUUAUUCAUCUUACUUGCAGCAGCAUUAUAUUAUGCCAGAACUGAAGGCUUUCUUAUCUAGAACAUCUGAACCUUUACUUUCAACUAUCCGAAACAAAAUUUCUCGCUUGUACCCUUUCACUUGACUAAAACCUUGGUAACUAUACCCAUACUGUAGGGCAUGGGAUGUGCUGAAUUUCAGCUGUAUGGUCCUAGCUGGCUAGCCUUUAAUGAUUGCUUAUAUUAUGUCAGAAAGUACCUAUACCAUUAAUAGUGUAUAUACAUAGAUUGUGACAAGUUUCAUAUGUGAUUUGAAUCCUAUUUUCAAGUUAUACAACAAUCUUUUUGUCA